CUCAAGGGCGGGACGGACCGCCAGCUUCAAAGACUCCGCCCGCCGGGCCACCUGCGGGCCGGCAUCCCCACGGCCGGCAUCCCCACGGCCGGCAUCCCCACGGCCGGCAUCCCCACGGCCGGCAUCCCCACGGCCGGCAUCCCCACGGCCGGCAUCCCCACGGCCGGCAUCCCCACGGCCGGCAUCCCCACGGCCGGCAUCCCCACGGCCGGCAUCCCCACGGCCGGCAUCCCCACGGCCGGCAUCCCCACGGCCGGCAUCCCCACGGCCGGCAUCCCCACGGCCGGCAUCCCCACGGCCGGCAUCCCCACGGCCGGCAUCCCCACGGCCGGCAUCCCCACGGCCGGCAUCCCCACGGCCGGCAUCCCCACGGCCGGCAUCCCCACGGCCGGCAUCCCCACGGCCGGCGGCUCGGACCGGUAG